AUGGCAAAGAAGAAAUUAAAAGUACCUCCAUCACCAUCAACACCACCGCCACCACCUGCUGAACCGAAAUAUGAAUUUAAAAAAAGUAUUAGCGAAUUAGAUAUGAUGACAGAUUUAGAUAAAGAUUUUUGGGGAAUGGCAAACAAGUGUGUUAGAAUAUUAACCGAUGAAAAUCGAAUUGAACUUGCAACUGAUAUAAAAACUUUAGUAAAAGUUUUGGAAACAUUACAAAAACAAUAUACACAAAUAGUUCUCGAAAAUCGGGAACUGCUACCCCGAGUUAAAGAAGCUGAUGAAAAAUUACAUUCAACAUUAAAAAUAACUGUUGAUACUCAAGAAGCAAUGAAUUCUAUGAAAUUAGUAUUAGAAAAUUCCCGGAAAGAAUUAGAUGCUUCUAGAAAUCGAGAAUUAGAAUUACAACAUGAAUUAAAUCAAAUGUUAUUAAAAUGUGAAACUUUUACAAAAAAGGAGGAAAUUGAGGAAAAGAAUGAUGACGCAGAAGACAGAUUACAACAUGAAAAUGAAGAAUUAAAUCGGCGCCUUAAAAUGAAUCGAAUUUAUAGGGAACAAGCUGUUCUAUUGGAGAAAAUAAAUUUGCAAAAGCAAAUGAAAAAACUUCAGGAAGAUUUCGAAGAAUCUAAAGAAAUAAAUAAAGAUUUGUUAUCGCAAUGCAGGGAAUUAGAAACUAAAUUAGAAGACAAGAUUAUUACUCUAAAGGAAAUUACUAAAGAUUUAGAUAUUAAGCCCUUAAAUGUUGAAUUAAAUGAAAAGAUAACAGAAUAUGGCAAAAUUCAAAAAAAGUUGGAAACAACGAAUUCAGAGAAAAUAACCUUACAAAGAUCAUUACAGACUUGUUCUGAGGAGAAAACAAAUUUAAAAAGUUUAUUAUCUAAAACACAACACCAAAUAAUUCAAUUAGAUGAAGAAAUUUCUUUAAAGCAAGCCAAUAUAAAUACCCAAAAUUAUCAAAUUGAAAAAUUACGUUCUGAGAAACAAGAAACUGAAAAGGAGCAUGGUAUUGUAAAAAAAAUGUUGCAAUCGAAUCAAGAAGAAUUAAAAGAAAUGAAGGAAAAGAACAAUAGCUUAACUAAAGUUAUUGAAGUAAUUGCAUUCCAAAAAUAA